CUUAUGCGCACAGGAUACGAGUCGGAACACAAACAAAACAUACAAAGGUCAUAGUGUCAAUCCCGAAGAAUAUGACGUAAAACUAGUAAACGUGCGAAUCCUUCGCGUUUGAAAUGUGUAUUAAAGUAUGAAUUGUGAUUAUGUGAACCCGAACAGGUGGCUAACGAAGUCUUCCAUAAGCAAAUCAAUAACUCAACAUCGAAGAUGAGCACCAAACUGUCUCCCUCGCCUAGGACGAAAAGGCAUAAGCUGAGGGAAGAAUCCAAAUACGAGACAAUCGUACAAGUGCAUAAAAUAUUAAAGUCGGAAACUAGCUCGGAAAAAGACAACCAGAGCAAUUUGAGCCUGAGCAGGACGGAUAACUCCGAAGAUGGAGAGUCUAACAAAGCUUUUCAGAUGGAUGAUUACAAUGAUAAUUACAAUAACAGCAAUUUUCACAUGCCCAGCAGGGAGAUAUCGGUGGAUGGGGAGACGCAAAUCAACUCCAAAAUUUUGUCUUUGAUCGAGACCGAAAUGAAGAGAGAUAUAAACAAACAUUCGCAUUUCACUGAGUCAAGACCGCAGAGUUUGAGUUUUUAUGAGGAUGAGAAAAUUCCGGAAGAACUAUCUGGUAACUUGGAACUCCUUAGUCCUGAAGAAAGGAAACACUAUCGAAAGAAAAAGGAUUAUAACCAGCUGGACUCUGAUGAAAGGAAAGCUUACAAUGCCAUCCAAGAUUUGUACAACAAUAGGGAUGGAGAAGAAGUAAUUCCCACAAAAAAAUCGAAAUCGAGAAAAAAGAGACAUAUCGAUCCCGAAUCGGGAAUGGGUGAUAGUAGAGAGAUAAUGAUACCGAAGGAAAAGAAGAAAAGUAAAAAGAAAAAGAGAGAUUCAAGUUCCCCCAUGACCAAUAAUAAAAGAAAACAUAAAAAGAAAGAGGAAGAACAUGAACCAAAGAACGAUAUCACAAUAGCUUUGGAGGAACUUCAAGAUGACGUUUUCGAGAAUAAUAACGAAGAUUACCAUAAAGUAAAGAAGGUGAAAGAUGUUCCAGAUCCUAGCGACCGUUUGUAUGUACAGAAAAAGAACAAAUUUGAGGUAACGAAUCGACCUUCUAGUAGAGCUAUGUAUAAGGAUCCAAAUUCUCUUGACGAUUAUCCUCAAAGAAAUCAAAAGGCACCGUUGAAUGUAGCCAUAUGCAUUCAAAAAUAUUGUAUGAAAAUUUUUCUUCCAUGUCAUGGACUCUUAGCAGGACUGGCAUUUGGGCAAUGGUUAUAUCUAAUUUGUAAUGACCACUAUCAAAACAUGGAUUUCCUACACUUUUACUCGAACUUCAACGAUGUAUAUAUAACUUUUUUCUACUUAUUCAUAACCAUUUGCCUUGUUUCAUCUUUAGACAGGAUAGACAUAGCGCAUGUCACGAGAAGACAUUACUUCGAAUUGAACAUGUCUUAUAGAGUGAUCGGCUUCAUAGUGAUACUUUUAUACGCCUCAGGAUUAAUUUUACAUUUAUCAGUUUGUAGCACUGAAAAUAAACUUGGCCUACUAGCUGAUAAUAAUGUAACUAUCUUGGACCUAAAUAUAACUGUAGAGGAUAUUAAAAGAUGGAAUCGAGUAUCCUUGUGGAGAUUCGUCCUUGUUCUGCUUCCAUGGAUAUUAGUGGCUGCAACUGCAUCAGAUAUCGAUAAUAUGCUUUAUGUACAUCUUCAGAGUAUGUUGAAAUAUCUUCCAGAAAAAUACUUAUGUAGAUAAUGAUUAUCUAGAAGUAAAAAUCGGACUGAAAGAGA